UCAGAUCAGGCUGAGAGAUUAUUUUCCGUUUCACAACGUCACAUGAUGCACAUCACCCUUAACACAAACCCCACCCAGCCAAACAUUCUCGAACCAUCACCAGAAGCAAAAUUUUCCUUUCCCGGUCCCGGAUCUUCUCGCAACACCAUGGCAUCACUACGCCGUUUCAGCCUCGUCUUCUACGUCCCACCCGCCAACGCCUCCGCAUGCAAAGCCGCUAUCUUCAAAGCCGGCGCGGGCCGCUAUCCCGGUCCUGGCGGGUAUACUGAGUGCGCGUGGCAGACGUCGGGGAUUGGACAGUUUAGACCGGGAGAUGCGGCGAAUCCGGCUAUUGGAAAGGUUGGGGAGUUGGAGGAGACGCCGGAGGUUAGGGUUGAGACGCUAAUUGUUGGGGAGGAGACGGUGAGGAAGGCUGUUGCGGCGUUGAAAGAGGCGCAUCCGUAUGAAGAGUGUCCUUAUCAGGUUUAUCGAGUGGAGGACUUUUGAUCAAGAUAUUCAUGGUUUGGUGGGGAUGGACUAGUGAUGAAUCGAAUCUGCUAUGAGCAUGGGGUCGACGACAAAUAAGAUUCAGUCGUCCCAAGUGAUUCACGGAACAAAUGAAACAUGUUUUUCAUUCCAAGCGUUCAAUCUCGUCGUCCUAGCCAUAGUGCUAAGGAUCGAGGAAUUAUUCCAGAUUGAGGAAACCAAAAUUAGG